GGUUCUCUCGCAGUGGUUUCUCCUCAGGCUGUGUGUGAAGCUGUCAGUACAGUGGUCUGGAGAGGGAGAGGGAGGGUCAACAUGGCGUCGGAGCAGGAAAUCCCAAAUGCGCCGGUGAAGAAGUCUAUGAGGGAGAAGGCUAUCGAGCGCAGAUCAGUUAAUAAAGAGCACAACAGUAAUUUUAAGGCUGGAUAUAUUCCGAUUGAAGAGGAGAGACUUCACAAAACAGGACUGAGGGGUCGCAAGGGCAUCAUUGCCAUUGGCAUAAUCAUCCUACUUUUUCUGCUUGCGCUCAUCAACCUCAUUAUAACACUGGUGAUAUGGACAGUGAUACGGAUAGGUCCUGGAGGUUGUGAAAGUAUGGAGUUUCAUGAGAGUGGACUGCUACGCUUCAAACAGAAGGCCGAUAUGGGCGUGGUCCAUCCACUACACAAAAGCACAGUGGGCGGCAGGAAGGACCAGGACCUUGUCAUUACUGGCAACAAUAACCCAGUGGUGUUCCAGCAGGGCAACACCAAGCUGAGUGUAGAGGAAGAUAAGACGUCUAUCGUCAGCGACUUAGGAAUUUCCUUCACUGACCCCCGCACUGAGACGACUUUCUUUAGCACUGACUUUGACACACAUGAGUUCCACCUGCCCAAAGAGGUCAAGGUUCUCAACGUGAAGAAAGCCUCUACUGAGAGAAUCACCAGCAAUGCAUCAUCUGACCUCACUAUCAAAGGAGAUGGUAAGGCCAUUAUUCGUGGCAACGAGGGAGUUUACAUCAUGGGCAAAACUGUGGAGUUCAGCAUGGGUGGGGGCAUUGAGCUAAAAGCAGAAAACAGCAUUAUUCUGAAUGGCUCAGUGAUGUUCAGUCCUUCACGUAUACCGAACUCCUCUUUAGGGGGAGACCUGUACUUCAAUGAAGGGCUGGAGAGGUAUAAACUUUGCAUGUGUGCAGACGGGACGCUAUUCAGAGUGCAGGUCAAAUACCCCAACAUGGGCUGCCAAACAUCCGACAAUCCGUGUGGAGCAGCACACUAAUGAAAGAGAAAGGAAUACCACUGGAAAACACAUACACAUGCUCAUUAAUGCCUUCAUAUGAAUAUGUAGUGUGAACUGCCAAAAGAUACAAAGAUGGUAAUAUUUAGUUUUUUAUUUUCCGAAAAACUGGACAAUAAUUAUAAUCAGAGGCGUCAUGCCCAUUCAAAGUGAUUUAUGUAUAUGUAAAUGUUCUUUGC